AUGGGUUACAAUGUGAAGCGCGUCCUGGUCGACCAAGGGAGCUCGACCGACAUCCUCUUUUGGGAAGCUUUCGUGAGAAUGAAGAUCCCCAGCAACCGACUAGUGCCCUACACAGGAACCCUCAUAGGUUUUGCGGGAGACCAGGUUGUGGCUAGGGGGUACGCCGAUUUGGAAACAACCUUCGGACAGGGCUCGCAGAUGAAAACGGUAACCAUCCGAUAUUUAGUGGUCAAUGCUCAGUCGUCCUAUAAUAUACUUAUCGGCCGACCUACACUGAACAAACUGGGAGCCAUAGUGUCAACAUCACACCUAAAGGUGAAAUACCCAUUGCCGAAUGGGGAUGUCGGGGUCCUCAAAGUAGAUCAAGAGGUCGCCCGAAAGUGUUACGAGGACAAUCCGAAGGCAAGAAGGCGAUUAUAUACCGCUCCAGCUGAGAAGCACAUCCAUUCUGUUGAACUGGAUCCUAGAAUGGGUCAGCUCGACCACCGACCCACCCCCGCGGAAGAUGUCAAGGAAGUGGAGGUAAUGGAAGGGAGAAACGUAAAGAUAGGGACCUCUUUGACUCCCGAGGACGAAGAGAGGUUGGUAAGGGUUCUAAAAGAUAAUGUGUCGGCAUUUGCGUGGCAUUCCAGCGACAUGCCUAACAUUGACCCAGAUUUCUUGUGCCACAAACUUGCUAUAUUCCCUAGAGCGAAGGCAGUGAUCCAGAAGAGAAGGAAGUUCGGCGAGGAAAAACGAAGGGCUAUCGCGGAAGAAACGCAAAAGUUGGUAAUGCCAGGACAUGUCCGAGAAAUCCAGUAUCCAACCUGGUUGGCGAAUGUAGUCAUGGUGCGCAAGAGUAGCGGGAAGUGGAGAAUGUGUACGGAUUUCACCGACCUGAAUAAGGCCUGUCCAAAAGACUCGUACACGUUACCAAACAUAGACUGCCUGGUGGAUGGAGCGUCGGGGUACGAGUUGCUGAGCUUUUUGGAUGCUUUCCCGGGAUUUAACCAAAUCCCAAUGCAUCCAGCAGACGAGGACAAGACCGCCUUCAUAGCCGAUCAAGCCAAUUUCUGCUACAGGGUUAUGUUGUUCGGUAUAAAGAACGCAGGGGCGACCUAUCAGUGA